AUCAGACACGCCAGUCGGAAUAGAGUGAUGAACGCGAAGCCAAGGAGAUCCGAGGCAUGGGCUAGCGGCUUUCAGGAGGGUGGAUAAGGUUGCGAUGGGCAAGCGGUCUCAGUUCGCCGUUUCGCUUCCAGAAGGGUGUUGGUUCAACAACACAUCUGAUACUUGGGUCCGCGGUCCGCUCCCUUCCGCGCGCGCCGAGCUGUUCGUGGCCGGCCGCGAGCUGGCCAACAUGUACGAGGAGGAGAACGAUUCGUUCGAGCAGCGGCGCAAGUUUGUCGAGCAGCUCCGCGCCAAGGAGGGCCGCGACGGCGACGUGUCAUCGUCAGAGGCGGCCGCCGGAGGUGUCGUCGACGAGAGCUACGUGUACGCGCUCGCGUCCGGCCUGCCGCCCACCGGCAGGUGGGGGUGCGGCGUCGAGAGGCUGGUCGUGUUGUUCGGGGGCACGAAGCGGAUCAGCAACUGUCUGAUGUCUCGCUGGCCUCGUAUCCAGGCCAUUGGCACGGUCCUCAUUAUCCCCGCGCCGCACCCUGCGUGUCAACCAGACUGGAGACCAGUCCGCUUAGCUCGGGGGUAGCGCUGAACCCAGCCUCCACUCUUUCGC